AUGCCUCACAGCACACUUUCCAGGCUGAGCGUUUCCUUUUGUGCGUCCUCUCCAAGCCCUGAACUUACUCCAGUCGGCCUCUGCAGGCCCAGCUCUUCCUCUCGGCAGCCUCUGCAGGCCCAGACUGUCGUCAAGUUGGCCUGUCCAGGGCCAGCUCCUGCCUCCCAGCGGCCUCUGCAGGCUCAAGUCGUACUCAAGUCGGCCUCCCCAGGCCCAGCUCCAGCCUCUCGGCGGCCUCUCCAGGUGCAAAAGUUCCUUGAGUCAGCCUCUCCAGGCCCAGCUCCUCCUGCCUCCCAGUGGCCUCUUUUGGCCCAGCCCAGCUCAUGCCUCCCGGCGGCCUUCCCAGGCCCUGCUUUGGACUUUCGGCGGCCUCUGCAGGCCUCGACAAGGCCCGGCCUCCUGCCUCCCGAAGACCUGCACAGGCCCAGCCUCUGCCUCACAGCGGACUCUCCACACCCAGCUAGCUCUCGCCUCACUGCAGCCUCCCGAGUCCAAAGCUCCUGUCUCUCGGCCGCUUCGGCAGGCCCAGCUCCCGCCUGCCAGUGGCCUCUUCAGGCCCAUGGGGCUCAUUCCUCACAACAGCCUUUCCAGGCCCAGUUUUUCCCUUCCGGCGGCCUCUCCGGGCCGAGAACCUCCUCAAGUCGGCCUCUCCAGACCCACUUGCACCCUCCGGGCGUCCUCUCCGGGCUGAGCUCCUCUUCCUGGCUGCGUCUCCAGGCCCGACUCCUGCCUCUCAACAACCUCUUUGGACUCAGUGCCUACCUAUCUCCUGGCAGCCUUGGUCGGCCCACAACUUCUUCAAGCCAAGCUCCCCAGGCCCAGGUCAGGCCUCACGGUGGCCUCUCCAGGAUGAGCUCCUGCCCUCCGAUGGCACCUGCAGGCCCCAAAUGGUCUCCGGUCGGUGGGCUCCUCCACGCCAAGCUUGGGCCUCCUGGCAACCUCUGCAGGCCCAAGUUGUCCUGA